GCACUCGACCCAUGCCCCGUACCAUUCGCCUCCUCCCGACGCAGCCGGAUCCUCUGGGCAUCUUCGCUUCCUCAAGACACGUUUUGUGUCACAAGGCGAGAUCUUUCUAAGUGUGGUAGCAAGUUAGAAUAGUAGUGGUUUUGCUUUAUCUGUUCAGAGUCGCCCUUCGCAAAUUGGUAGCGAGCAAUUUUGGGCCGACAGCGGCGCAAGCAACACGGUUGUCAGCAGUAGAGAAAAUAUGUUCGACAUGAAGCCGAUCCCAGCAGGAAAACAGUUCAUCCAAGUAGGGAAUGGUGCCCAUCUGCGCGUGCAAUGUGUUGAAGGCAUCAACAUGGCAUUUCACAUGCCUGGCCCUUCGGGCGAGACCGAUUUUUGCGUGCAGAUGUCGGACGUGUACGUAGUCCCCGGCAUCACGUUCAAUCUGUUUUCUCUGCACCAUACGCAGCGUAGGCAGAGAAUUACGUUGGAUAAAAUGACGUGCAUCUCUUUAAUGGCAAGCUUUCCUUUGCUUUCUCCGAUGUAGGAUUUCUCUUUGAGCCACUCGCUUGCCUCCCACGUAUACCGGUAGUGCUGUAACCCUCGGUCCGGAUGCCCUCCCUCGUGUGUCUCCCGGAGCCCCCCCGCCUAGCGUUGGGACAGGCCUUGUUGUCGCAAACCCCCCUUUCCCCCCAAACACAGGAGCGGACACACGUGCGAGUACGAGCUUCCCGUCCACCGGUGGAGUCGCUGCCGGUGUUGUACCUUCGAGUUCGAGUGCGAAUCCGAGCUUCCAGUGCGUCGGUGGUGCCGCUGCCGGUGUUGUACCUCCGUGUGCCAGUGCGAGUCCAAGCUUCCAGUCCGCCGCGUACCAUCCGGUUUAGUGAUCCCGCGUUGUGCAUUCCCACCCAUCGACGUAGAUGUAGUGCCAACGAUUAUUGCCGACUACCAGCCUGUAAUCACAGCUGCCGUGAAGUCGUCUGGGAUUGCUUCUCCCUCCGUCGUUGACCCGAGCGAUUUUCGUGAAGUUGUGAUCAACCCCCUCAUCCCCCAGGACCAUUUUCCUUUCAGGGUAAUGAGCAUGUUCCUUGAUGUAGGCCUGAUGGAUGGAAUAGACUCGGUCCCACGGGGUGAUUUUUUCCGGAUGCGCUUGAUGUUUGCGACUCUGCAACACCCCCUCCCCCCGCGUUUGCCGUGAUGAGUGAUGAAUUGGAUUGCCUGAAGGGUUUCGUUGCUGGAUGCAGUGAGCAGCAAACCGUAGCUCCCCCCUCCCUCUCGCAUGCCUUGGCAAUUAUCGCCCCCGGGGCUUCCCCGUUGUCGGUAGGAAAAUCCACGCCGACCAUUGACAUUCAUUUGUUCCGUGCCUCCACCGGCCAUGUAAACGAAUUUUUAUUGAGUGAAACGGCCAAGCAGCAGGGCGUACGACUGGUGGGGGAGAUGCAGCCAUGUGUGGGCUGCGUGGAGGCGAACGGCCGGUGGGAACCGGUGCCGCGGCGU